AUGGUUGUAGAUAAUUUGCUUACCCUGCCUCUGGUGCUGGCUGUAGUGCAAACUGCUUCACCCCAGAUUGGGACUGAGCAGAAAUCCCUGCAUGUAGACUGGCCAGCAAACUGUGGCAGAGGAUAUUUUCAGCCAAACACUGCAGGGAGAAUUAUAUCAGGCACUGAAGCAAAGCCACACUCCUGGCCUUGGCAAGUCUCAUUACAGCUUUGGACCACAACAAGUAAGAGAUUUGUUCACAUCUGUGGCGGGACCCUGAUUCACAAACGCUGGGUUCUCACUGCAGCCCCUUGCUUCCAGAAGGGCGAGAUGGAAGACGUAACCAACUGGCGAAUCCUCCUAGGAAAGCAUAACCUUAGCCACGAUGAAUCCACACAGAGAGUGUACCGCGUGAAGCAAAUCUACCGGCAUGAGUGGUUCCAGAAAAACCACUCAAACCAUCUGGAUUAUGAUAUUGCUUUGGUCAAGCCUAUGGAAGAUAUAACAGCAAACCGCUUUGUCCGCUAUGCCUGCCUGCCCAAGAGAGGCUGCUCUCUUUACCCAGGACAGUCCUGCUGGGUAACUGGAUGCGGGGACACAACAGGCAGGGAGGGCAACCUGGUCUUGUCUGAGGUUUUGAAGCAGGCCAGGCUGUCGGUGGUGGACUUCAACACAUGCUCCCUGGAGACGUUCUGGGGCAGCGUGGUUCGGCGGUCCAUGAUCUGCGCGGGGCUGAGCGAGCCGGGCAGCCCUCCUGCCACCUGCCAG